AUCAACCAAAGUGCCUCUUUCGGCUCUAAGUUAAAAUUUAUUCCAGAAAAUUCCUAUAAAAAAACCUCAAUGACUUCCGGAAUCUUCUCAAAAGAGCGACAACUCGCAUUUUUCGAGGAACAAAAACACUGCAAUGUGAAAUUUGUUUUUGUCGAUCCAAAUGACGUUUCUGGAGAAGCAACGAUUGAAGCUCAUCAAUUAGUUCUGGCAAUAAAUAGUGCAGUGUUUGAGGCAAUGUUUUAUGGAGCAAAUGUAGGCUCACUUACUAAAAAAUUGUCAAGCAGUGAGGAUCCGUCGAAAGUUCUUGUCGACAUUUCUGACGUGAAAUUUUCUGUCUUCAAACAAAUGUUGAGUGCGAUGUACGGCAAGGAAGUUCAGUUUGACGAUGUUGAAUCGGCUUGUGAGUUUUAUUAUGCUGUGCAUAAAUACAACUUUGAAGACGCCGUAGGUUUCGUCGAAAUUUUUUUGUUGAAAAAUCUUACAUCGGAAAAUGCAAUUUUGAUACUCGAAACUGCGGAAACUUUCAACAAUGAUAAUUUAAAAGCUGCUUGUUUGAAGAUUUUCAAGGAAAACACCCUUGAGAUACUUGCCGACGAAUCUUUUUUGAAUGCUGAAAUUUCCACCGUUGAAACUCUUUUCAAGCAGGAUUCACUCCAGAUCGAAUCCGAAAUGGAUCUCGUUAAAGCGCUAGAACGUUACAUCGAGCACACGGAAGACCGCACGGGAAUCAUUGAAAAAUUGCGUCCAGCUGUGAAUUCUAUCAGAUUUCUCACACUUUCUUUUGAGCAAUUAGCUGAAGUUGUGAGUCGCUAUCCAAUUUUGUCAUCCGACGAGGUGUUAAAUGUCAUGUCGUGCUUGCUUCCGGAUAAAAAUUGUUCAAAGAUGCCAAAAGGUUUAUCAGUGAGCCGACAAAUACGGCAUAAUAGUGUGGAUUGUUGUCAAAUGGCUCGAUUAUUGAGUAACGUUUAUUCAUCCAAAUUUUGUCCCCAUUGUCUUCCUAUAGAAAGACCUGCUAAUCAUCCUAUUUGGUUAUGUCCUAGGUUUUCAAAUUUUUCGAAAAAAAUAUUUGUUAAAAAUACUUAUCUCAAAUAUGGUCAUGCUGCGUUGAUGGAAUACUCUUAUAAUGAUCUGAAAAAAAUUUAUCAACUGUACGUGGAUUGUGGUUUCGUAAAAAAAUAAAAAAGUUAAAAAUUUGAAAAAAAAAAAACAAAAAAUAAUUCAAAUUUUCUAAAAAAAAAGGUAAUAUUUUUCAUUUCAAGUUUUUUUACAA